AUGGCUGACACAAGCUCACCUGCGCAGUCAUCGGGAUGGCGAAUAUCCAAGGCCUGCCAAGAAUGCCGCAAGAGGAAGAUCAAGUGCAACGGCCUCGAACCGUGCAAGACCUGUCAGCUUCGUAACACGCCGUGCACCUAUCGCGAGGUCAUUCGGCAGCGCAAGAAGAAGUACCAGUACAGGCAAGAUUCUGAUGCUUAUGCUUCGAAUGGCGCCCGGCCGCCAUCCCCGGAAGUGCCGCGGCCCUCUGGCCGACGGAAUCCUUCCGUCAGCUAUACGGUUAACAACAGUGUUUCUGCCACGCACAUGGAAUCGCCAUCAUGCAAGGUGCAAUUGUACUAUGGAUCAACGUCACAUUUUGCGCUGAUGCAUGAAAUCUACAGAGAUUUGGUGGAGAGCAAGCACGCCCCCCAAUCUGAAGACCCGCGAGAGGUACAGGAGGCCGGAGCUGGCCUGGACAUGUUCAGCUUUCGUCGCGUCUUCUUUGGAGUCCCCGUGGGAACGCACGAUUCGUUGAAAAACAUGAACGCGGCUGAUGUGCCGGUGAUGUUUUUACCGCAUGAGCUGGCCAAGCUAUUCUUGAGCCGUUUCCUGUCUUCAUUGUAUGUCAUGGUGCCGUUUCAGUCAAAGGAGACGUUCGAACGGCAGCUAUGGAACCUGUAUAACCCGAGCCCGGACUUUCGGACCGAUACUUGGAGUCAUUGUAUGAUUCUGAUGGCCUUGGCGAUAGGGUGUCUCGGGACAGAGUACUACAGCUGGGGUGAUGUACUUUUCGAACGGGUGAAAACGUCCUGCGCAAUGCUAGACGACGUGGUCAAUCUCCAGACCGUGCAAAUCUCGCUUAUGAUGGCCCAUUUUCAGACUGACCAAGGACGACCUAAUUCCGCUUUUCUUCACACAGGAGCUGCAGCCCGAAAGGCAAUUUCCGCAGGACUGCAUAAAGAGGCCCCGAAUACGGAGGAUGCAUCUGAUGGUGUGGAAGAAAGAAGAACUACAUUUUGGGCCCUCUUUUUCUUCGAAACGUUUGUGCAUCCUUUUACUGAAUGACCGAUUCAUCUAAUGACGUACAGUUGGUUCUGCUUUCACCUGGGCCGACCAUGUUCACUCCUUAGCCGAGACGUCAGUAUAGCAUUGCCCGAAG